CAAUUUGCGACCUUCGGAAGAUCCAGAUGCGCGAGAACCUAUGACAGAGGCAUAUCUUGCCGGUCUGCAACACAUAGUGGGUGCUGGGCCCCCGACGGCAGCUGGUGUAGGUUGUAGUCGUGGAUCAUUUACAUUUUUGGGGACAACUAUACCAGGCGCAGGUGGUAGUAGGUCGUCGACUUCUUCUUCUUCUUAUUCGGGGAGUUCGAGUUCAACAAGCGGACGUUUUUCGCAGACCUAUUUUGCGACUCUUACCAACAACUGUAGCACCAAUUUUUCUGAUGUCCCGCCUUGUGACUUUGGUCUCAGCGUUCUCUCAACCGUCCCAGCUUUGCGUCUUCUUUCCGGUAUGGAACGAUUGCUGUGCCCGUGGCUGACACCUUGGAGUUGUGGGGAUACUACUACGCAUAGUCCAGAAUGGGACUGGCUCUCUGCGGCUUUUGCCCUCCUUCCCACAGUGUUUUAAGGCAUAAGUCUAGAUCUACAUAAAAAGGUGUGAAGGUGAACCAAGUGCAUCUUCAGGAGGACAGAUAUCGGGUAUUCUGAUGUAGCUACUUCUCGUACUAUCGGCAUGCUGAUGUACUUACUUCAGUAGCUGCUGUUCUAUACUAGGAAAAAACAUCAAGAGCAGGAGUCUAUUCGGGAUCCCAAUGAUUUCAAUUUCGAAUGAUGAAUUAUAGGAUACUAAAUAAACUUCUUUGAUGAAGUUGAGGUAGAAAUAUGUCAUGGCCAUGGUCAUCUUCUAAGUUGUGUUGUGUCCGAAGACCGACGACGCGGCGCGUAUUGCCACACUGAA